AUGUCUUCGCCAAGUGAUGUCUGUAUGGAAGAAAUACUGCUGGAAGAUGAUGAGCGAGACAGCAUAGAAUACAGGAUUCUAAUGGCCUACGCCCAGAGGCGGUUGUCCGUUAGUAGAUAUGGGAAACUUCUGAAAAAUGAGGCCAAUGUGCAGAAAUCAUCGUCCUUAAUCAGGAGAAGAGCGGAAAUUCAAUUACAGGGUGGCUGGGUGGAACUAUUAAUUGCCUUCUUUAUUUCUCACCCUCCUUCCCAAGCAGGUGAAACAGCAGAUGUCAACCACAUCGCAGACAAACUUGUCAAGCUUGUUGCAUCCAGAUCCCAGGAACCUCUUUCAGAUCAGUCAUUCAGGAUAACGUGUCAAAAUCGGACUCUGUGUGAGAAACAAGAUGAUAGCGAUCCUACUGUUGGAAGUGAGGGCGAGGAACAUGACGAAGAAAAGAUAAUACAAACAAUAGUUUCACUGUUGAGACAAUCAGGGGACCAACUAGAAGAAAAGAUCAAAAAGGACAGGGUUUUCUAUCAGUGCUUUAAAGACAUGCUGUCCUACCCCUUCUUCAAGAGGAUCACUGAUGUGUUCCUGGAGGAUGUCUCAGCAGAUUCAACAAGAGAACCAGGAGGCCACACACAAUGCACAAAAGUUGCCUUUACAAUGGAAGUUGCCACCAGACUUACUGCUGUGGACAACCAUCCUAUGAACCUGGUCUUGGGCUUUGGAUUAAAGUACCUCAGAGAACACUUCAAGCCAUGGAUUCAGGACCAGGGUGGCUGGGAGAAGGCUUUGACUUCACUGGAUCAGGAAGAAGUAGAGUAA